UAUUAAUAGCUGUUAGUAAAAUCCAUUAAAUUCAGCAACCAAAAGUUCAAACCAAAUUUUCCAAAUCAAUCCUCUCUAUUAAUUUACUCCAACUACAUCACACCUAUAUUCACAACACAAAAUCCAAUUUAACCUCUUAUUCUAUUCAACACACAUUUUCAAAAUACAUCACACAAAGAAAAACCAAAAUGGCCACUACACCAUUAGUACUACUAGCAAUUGCUUGUUUACUCCUUGCAUCACUGCCCUAUCAUGGAGUAUCUGCUCCUACUCCUGCUGAAUCUCCGGGAGGGGAUACCGUCGGAGCUCCAUCGCCUGCUGGUGCAGCCGGCGAUGGAUGCUUGACGGCUCUAACAAACAUGUCAGAUUGUUUAACAUUUGUGGAAGAUGGGAGUAAGUUGAGAAAGCCGGAUAAAGGAUGUUGUCCUGAGUUAGCAGGGUUGGUUGAUAGUAACCCUAUUUGUUUGUGUCAGCUUUUGGGAAACUCUGAUUCUAUUGGGAUUAAGAUUAAUCUUAAUAAAGCUCUUAAGCUUCCUUCUCUUUGUGGUGUUACUACUCCUCCUGUUAGUACUUGCUCAGCUAUUGGUGUUCCUGUGUCCUUGCCUGGGCCAUCAAGUCAAGAUUCUAUGCCACCAAAUAUGGCAAUGACACCAGAAGGAGGAUUAUCUCCCAGUCCUUCAAAUUCAGCUGAUAGUUCAGCUGGUGUUCCAAGUCCUUCUGAAAACAAAAGUGGAGGAGCUUCAAGCAUUCAUGCCUCUGCCAUGACUUUCAUUUUUGCAAUGUCCACUCUCUCUUUCUCCAUAUUCUUCUGAUUUUACAAUUUACAUUUAUCCUAUUUGUGUAUUGAGUACUUUUAUUUGGUGAAUUGCACACUUUAAUUAGGAAGUACAUCACAACACCAUUGAAUUCUUCAUUCUUGGUGUUGGGUUAUUUAUUCUUAUUUUUUCUUCUCAACUACAUUCUUGUUAUAUUUGUAAUAAUAUAUUUUCUAUUUCAAUAUGAUGUUUCAUUUUGUUA